UCGUUUUGCUACCCACACACACUGGCGCUUCCUGAAAAUAGCAGGCCGAAGGCACAGUGAAACUGCAGUUGUGAUUUUAUGCUUAUUUGGCCAUCCGGAGCUUAACAAACGGUGCGAACCGUGCAUAAUCCAGAGCAGGAAGCCAGCAAGAAUCGUUCGGUGGAAAUAGUGCAACGAUCCGGCAUUUCACUGUGUGUGUGCGCAGAAAUGAAGGGCAAACAGCAAAACCCGCCGGGCCCCGUUUUUUAGCAACACCGAAAAACACUAAAUCAAAGCUGUGCGUGUGGUGUAAUGGUUGCUGGAGUGAUUUGACCGUGCCCGUGUAAUUUUGCCACCAUCAGCAACGGAGCCACAUCAUGUCUUCUACAGCAGAGGAACCGGAUCUGUUCAACGACGUCGAAAUAUUGGAAGUAGGCGAUUUUGCGGAUAGUGACGAAAACUAUGUUUCCGUAGAGCUGCGCUCCGAUGACGACGACGACGACCGUAUCCUACUAGAUUCGGGCGAAUUUUCGCCCCCGAAACCGUUGCUACCGUCCGACGAGUUUGAGCCGAUUAGCGUUGAAACAUCAACGUAUGCCAUGCAUUCGAUGCCGCACCAUCGCUUCCUGUCCGACCAUGAAUAUUUGGACGAGAGCACAAGCAGAAGUAUACGCACAUCGGUGGCGGCAGCAGCGUUUGAGCCGACCGUAAGCGAACAGGUGGAGCGUUGCACCAGUGAACGGUUUAGCGUUCCGUACGUAGAAGAUCUGGGUAUGCAGGAUCUGUUCAACAAGGAUAAUGCACCGCAGGAAGGUAAUGCCGACGAGGUAGAAGCGGAAAGCUACAUACUGUACGAGUGUUUUGAGACAAAGAUUGAGCUGGAAGAACCGCAAAUUCAAGAGACAAUCGUCGAUGCGGAUUACAUCGGGAGUGAGCUGGCUGCCGAGUCGGAAAGUCAAGAUUCCGUGUACGGUAUACUGCAGUCGUUGACUAGCAAUCAGAAUGGGCAGUGCAGGGGGACGGUGAGCGGGAACCGGUCGCUACGGGAUACGGAUCACUCGUACACGGCCCUGAACGUCAUGACUCCGCAGCCCAGCGACGAGGAAGAGGCGGAGAACGAUGGCGAUACGAGCAGCUUCAGGAAGUUGGUGAUACUUUCCAAAAAACUAGCACGCGAACGUAAUGUUAGCAGUACGGAUGGUAAACGAACGUUUGCGGAGAUUAAUGAUGUGAUGAACGCAAUACUUAACCGGUCGCAAAGCAUGGAUCGUGGUCCUUCCGGCAUGAAGGUAGAGGCGCAAUACAGCUCACCGGUGAAGGAGAACAUCGGCGACAGUCCGGACCGAUUGUCCGUGCUGCUUUCGACCAACUGUUCCGAACGUUUGGAGGAGGACGGUGGAGCACUUCCGUCGUCGGGAUCAUCGAACGCGCCAAUGCAGCAGGAGGAUUUCGGAUCGGACACGGAAUGCUGUGGGGCAACAGGGGGUGGCGAUGCGAUCGAGCUCGAUGAGCUGCUUUCGAUAGGGAACAAAUUUUCCCAGCACUGCGAACAGUGGAUCGCGAAGACGAAAAGCGAACGAAGUUUGGAUGCGGAACCGAAAGCUUCACAAUUGGCGCAAUUGUUGCAAAAGAUCAAUCGACAAUGCGAACAGAUACCGAUGGUUCGGCAGCGUUCCUCUCCAGCUCCGAACGCUAGCAAGCGUAGUAAGGUGGAAACGGGUGUACAGACGGACCGAUCCAAACACUCGAAGCACAUCCAACGCAAGCUAAACGAACAGUCCAAACAAAAGCUGCUCGGGUCGUUGCGCAGCAGUACGACCAGCACCAGCUCCGGCAGUGGCAGCAGCAGCAGCAGCAGCAGCGAUCCAUCCGACAGCGGUUCGGGUUCACCUGGGGCAAAAAGUUCCGAUUCCGAUCCUGAUGAUGAUGGUGGUGAUAGAAUGAUGCAAGAAUUUGUGAGACGCAACCGACGGUUGCGCAAAAGUGCCAAAGAAAAGCGGAAAGCGAUUGAUGAGAAAUCUGCUGCUGCUAGCGCUGUGGAAGGUAGUCGGAAACAGAGCCGGCGACAGCAAAUCUACUCCGACAGUUCGCAGGAGGAAAAGCAUGGUGACGAGAAUCUCGAGCUCGACGGUGUAUUGAGCGGUGUGGAUGACAUCAUUACCGAUUGUCCGGACGUGGUGAUGGGUUUGCAAGACUACUUCGCAAAGGCCGAAGAGGGAGCAGCGGACGGAGAAGCAAAGGAGGAGGAGCAGGCGGACGGAUCGGAAAAAUCUUCUUUGCUGGAGGUACAACCACCACGCAACAGAAGGGAACCGGAACACGUUCCUAAGUCUGUGAAAGAUAUGACUGAAGCCGAGCGGGAGGAUUACUACGAGGAUAUGCAGAUCGAACGGUUGUGCAAUAUAAGCAAUCUCGUGAGCACUAGAAAUGCAUCGACCGGGUCCGGUACAACUGCGGGCGAUACCGCAACAACAGCCUCAACGACCAGCAAGCUAAAGAGCGCUAAGGAAACGUUUGCCAAGAAGAAGAAAGAUCAAACCAGCAUGGAACAUUUCCUAAACGGUGGUGAGAGCGACGGUACCAGCGAUACGACGAUGCCGCUCGAACCACCGGAACACUCGGAACCGGAGGCGGGCGAGAGCGAAAAGGAUGUGGUCGAAACGGAGGAACAAUUUUUGCAAAAGUGCAACGAAAACGUUAAAUUGCAGCUAUUGAAUCAGUCCAGCAGCAGCAGCAGCAGUAGCGGUGAGGCAACGACUGACGACGGCAGUUUGGAGGAUGAUCUGACCGGUGCCGAACGGAGGCGAAACGGAUCGGCCGAUUCCGAUCAAUCGUCCUCGAGUGUUCGAUCGUUGGUGGAUAAGUUUUUGCAACGGCACGGUGCCAAAGCAGCAAAGCGUAAGGAAAAGAAGCGUAAGGAAAAUGGUAAUUUAGAACCACUGGCUAACGGUGAAUCCAUGCCGGGAAGUGUGGCUAAUGAUCGGGAAGCAAGUAACGUGGCGGAUGAACAAUCGGAAGCGCUUAAGAAGCAACCUCGAAUGGAUCUGUUCCAUCCGAAAGAUGCGCCACUGUUCAGUAACGAUCUGUUUGCGGAUGACGAUGACGAUGACGAGGUGCCAAAAGAACCGGCGGUGGCGGAUAAAAAGCCUCGAAAAAAGCGGAAACGACUCGACAUUCGGAAGGCGGCGCGCCCAUCGGAUUCCGAGCUGGAUUCAUCGUCUACCGAUUCGGAACUGGCCGAUGACGAGAUGCAGAACGGGUUGCAUAAAAAGAAACGGCAAAGAAAGCCGCGGAAACAACCACCGACGGCCGAAACUGGGUUUGAUUUUAGUGCACCGACGGUUCCGCGAAACGGGGACAAAGCUGCUGCUGCAUCCGUCAACAGUGAAAGCAAUAAUUCGUUAAAGAAAUCUUCCAGCACCAGUUCGCUGGCACAGGUGUCCUCCGCUUGUUCGGCAGCACCACCACCGGGCAUAGAAUCGGCUGCAUCCACGGUGGAACCGCCAGCGAAAGCGAAACCAGCGGCGAAAGAUGGCCAAGACUGCAUCAGCCUCAGCUCGGACAGUGUGGACGAAGGUGAACUGAUUGCGGGCGAGCUGGACGGCGCCAAGACACCGCCGGACAAGGAACCCAAGCGCCGUAUCCGGCCCAUGCUAACCAACGACGAGCUGGCGGAGGAGACGAAAAAGGCACAGAAAGAGGAGGAGGGCCGUGCGGCGCGGCUUAAAAAGAAGCAGGAGCAGUUGCGAAAGUUCCUUGCCACCUACAAGCCCGGGCCGGGCGAGAGCGAUCUCGUGCUGGAUUAUGAUUCCGUCCGGCGGCAGCCGAUCUGCGUGCAUCCGGACAUUGUGAAGCUGCUCAAGCCGCAUCAGAUCGAGGGCAUUCGGUUCAUGUACGACAACACGUACGGUUCGGUCGAUGCGCUGCCGAAGCAUGCCGGUUCGGGCUGCAUUCUCGCGCACUGUAUGGGGCUGGGCAAGACGCUGCAAAUGAUCUCGUUGCUGCACACGGUGAUGCGCUAUCCGCAGCUGCUGACCAACCGCGUGCUAGUCAUCUGUCCGAAAAGCACCGUCAUGAACUGGAAGGAGGAAAUCUCGCGCUGGCAGGGCACGAUCCGCACCGGGUACCAGAUGCGGGUGUACUGCUUUGCGGACGUUUGCACCCAGAACGACAAGAUAGCGGUGCUGAAGCGCUGGUACUCGUGCAAAACGCCCCACUGCGGUGUGAUGCUGAUCGGGUACGAAGCGUUCCGGGCGCUGAUCAACUACGAGCGGCGCAAGGGCUCGGAACGGAUGCGCAGCACGAAGCUGGAGCUGAUCAAGGAGUAUCUGCUGAACCCGGGCGCGGAUCUGGUGAUCUGUGACGAGGGCCAUCAGAUCAAGAACAAGCGUUCGGCGAUCAGUGAGGCGGUGUCGAAAAUUGCCACCAAGCGAAGGAUUAUGCUUACCGGCACGCCGAUACAGAACAACUUGAAAGAGUACUAUUGCAUGGUGAACUUUAUCAAACCAUCGUUCCUGGGAAGUGACAAGGAGUUUAGCAACCUUUACGCGAAUCCGAUCAAGAAUGGGCAGUGCAAGGAUUCUGACCACCAGGCCAUUAAAAUCAUGAAGCAACGGUCCUACGUUUUGCACAACAAGCUUUCCAAGUUUGUGCAGCGAAAGGAAGCGGCAGUGUUGAAGGAGUUCCUACCGGAAAAGUUCGAGUAUGUGUUAUUUAUUCCACUGACACCGGUACAAGAAAAGCUGUACGAAGUGUUUCUGCAGAUGAACGAAUACACGAGCAGCGACAUUACCGGUGAGCCCGGUAGGACAAAGAAGUUUAAGCUCAUCGCUGACUAUACAUCACUGCGGAAGAUUUGGACCCAUCCGAAAGUGCUGGAGAAAGCGUGGGAAGCUGCCAACCUGGAAAAGAAUCGUAAAGAUGCGGCGCGCAAAACAGCGACCCCGGAUACGGACGAUGAAUCGCCGGACGAUAAUAACGACAUUGCCAGCGGUCAGCUAUCCGUCACGAACGACUGGUGGCGCCGGUACCUGCAAACGGCCGACCUGGAAUCGCUGUUCCCGAGCAACAAGCUGUGGAUACUGUUCGAAAUUCUGAAGCAAAGCAACGAGCGGGGCGAGAAGGUGCUUAUCUUUACCGCGUUCGUGUCCGUGCUGAACAUGGUCGAACAUUUUAUGGCCAAAAUUCACAACCAGAGCGACGAUCCGCUACAGUCGGACGAGUACGCGUACAGUGCGUUCAAGGGUCCGUGGUGCCGGGGCCGGGACUACUACCGGCUCGAUGGCAAAACGCCCAAAUCGGACCGGCACGCGAUGAUUACGUGCUUCAACGAUCCGGCAAACACGUACACGAAAUGCUUCCUCAUCUCGGCGAAGGCGGGCGGCCAGGGCAUCAACUUGACCGGUGCGAACCGCGUAAUCAUACUGGACACGUCCUGGAACCCGUCCAACGAUCAGCAAAACAUUUUUCGCAUCUUUCGCCUGGGGCAGAAGCGGAACUGUUACGUGUACCGGUUGAUAGCGGCCGGCACGAUGGAGGAGAAGGUUUACUCGCGCUCGGUGACGAAGCAGGCGCUCAGCUAUCGGGUGGUGGAUGAGCAGCAGAUCGAUCGGCACUACAGCUACGGCGAGCUGGCGGAGCUCUACACCCUGACGAAGCUGUCGGAGAUGACGCGCGAAACGCCGAUACUGCCGGCGGACGACAUACUGGCCUCGCUGUUGCGCACCUUCCCGGGCAAGAUUCUCAAGUACCACGAGCACGAUUCGCUGCUGGAAAACAAGCCCGAGCAGGAUCUGAGCGAGGAGGAAAAGAGGGAAGCGUGGGCAGCGUACGAGCGGGAAAUACAGAACAACGAAACGCGUUCCUAUCUGUCGCAGUUCGGUUCGCUCGGUGCGGCCGCCGUCGGUGGGUUGUUCGGGUCGUCCGCGUACGGUGCAUCGCUCGGCUCGUACUACGCGGGGCUGGGCUACGGCGGUAUGCCGGGGCUGCCGGGUAUGAACACGGGUGGCGACAUGUACCGGACCGACUACUCGUACAACAGCUCGCUGAGCCGGGGAGCACCGCCUUACAUACCGUUCGGUUCCAUCUUCAAUGAUCCUUCCUACGCGACUGCACUGGCCAAAAUGUACAGCUACACGAUGCCGGCCACGAAUGCGAUGGACUAUGGGGCGCUAUCGUCCCCACUGCAGAGCCACUCCGGACCGAUCGGUAAUGGGCAAUCGAUGAUGCCGCCUGUGGGAGUAGGCAGUGGUGGUGGUAGUCCAGCGGCAGGUCAGAGCGGUUCACCGCUGCAGAAAGCGUACAGUUCCGUUAAUGUACUAUCCAACAUGCUAAGCUUCUACACGGGCAAGAAUGCACUGCCACCUUCCUCACUGGGUGCGUUAGGUUCGUCCGCUUCGAGCGUAUCCCUGCCGGAAAUGGCUGCACCGCAUGGUGGCUCCGGCAGCAGCAAUCCCCUCAGCCAUUACAACGCUUUGAAGCAGAUGAGCAAUUACGCCCAGCUCAGCUCACCGCUGCUAACCGCCAACCCAUCGGUGCGGCCACCAACGCCGUCGGGACUGACGAUUUCCAACAUAACGUCGCUCCACAAAUCGAACCCUUCCACGGCAGCAAGUGCACAUAACAGUGGUGGUGGAUUUGGUGGUGGUAGUUUUGAACCUGCAAAAUCCUUACUAACCCGGGUGAGCGAACAUAUCGCUGUUCCGCCGCAUGUUUCUAGUCCUUUCUCUCCACGCGACGUACCCCUGUCGUCGCCCACACUGGACAGUCAGGCUAGGAAUAGUGCCGGACAUUCCGCCAUGCCUUCUCUACCCACACCGAUACCGAUGAGCAGUACGAACGCUGCUCCCAACGUAAAUGCCACCCUAACUACAACCACCGCGAGCAUCCCUCUGUCCAUGCCUGCAGCGUCCAACGCGUCUUCUAUUGGCCAAAGUAUACAAAAAAGCUUGGAGCUGACGAAUCGAGCAACCUCCAGCAACCACCGUUCAAUGGUUGAAAUCCCGGCGGAUAAUGUGUCCGCCUCCGUGUUGCGCUCAAAGACACCCGGUUCGGGGGCGAAUGCUAGCACAGCAGCAGCAGCAGCCACUACCAUCAUUCCGAGCGAUGACGAAGAGGAGCUAAGCGGAUUGUCUAGCAAAGCACAGCACACGGCGGAAAAACGUGCUGGCGGAACUAACUUCGGUAUAAUGUACAGUACUGCGAAGCAGAACAACUCUACGAACCCGUCCACCAACACCGGCAAUACCAGUAGCAGUAAGAAUUUACUGAAAAGUAUCAAAACUAUCUGCAACAGCAUGGCGCAGCAGCAAGCUGCUAAGCCGAUGUCUCCGAAGCCCACAACGAAACAAACUUCCCAAGCUGCUGCUGCUGCUGCUGCUGCUGUUCCUCCUCCAGCAAGUUCCAACUCUAGCACCAGCCGGAACCAAUUGGACCGCACCAAUAGUUUAACCCCGCAACCAUCACCGGCGAAAACGGUACCGAUUAAACCGGGCCAAUCAUCAUCCUCUACGAUUAGUUUGGCUUCGUCCAUAAAAAAGCAAUCGACGGCGGUUAGCAGCAAACCGCUCCUCCUGUCGUCCAUGGCUCGCAGUCCUUUGACGAUACAACAAACGGGCUCCAGCAAGCUAGCCGCUUUACCAGCAGCAACUACCGGAACCGCUUCGCCGGUACCGUUUGCUGCACGCUCGGGAAAUGUUGCCGCUCAGCGAACACCAUUGGGAACAUCGUCACCCAUCACGACGGCUUCGAAGAGUGUGGGCGCGGCUGCAACGGCCAAAUCGCAAGCAACAGUAGCCACUACUAUCAGUGCCAGUACAACCACCGCCGGGAAUGUCGUUCGAGCGCUGCAAAAGUCUGCUACGCUCGUCGGGACAAACCAACAACCGCAGCAGGCCACUAAACUAAUAAACCCUUUGAACCUUUUGUCCAAACAGUCCAGUGCGAUCCAGGGCGGUGGAUUGCAGCCACUGGCCGGAAGAACAUUGUCUAACGCCACAAUAACAGCGGUGAAGCCGAUCGGACCCGGUUCCCCGGUACCGAAACCGAAACCCGAAAGUCGUCCAAUCACACUCACGAUGACGCCGAUGAAGACAGCGCCGGUUAAGGCGGUUAAAAAACCCACUAUUAGCCAACCGGUUGGCUCGUCCGCCACAAAAACGUUACCGAAACAGGCGCCCGUGCCAUCGGCGCCGAUCGUACAGACUGCACUCAGCACUGAGCUCGGCAAUCGCCCAACUGCUUCCGCCAUUCGGCCCAUGAGCACGCUGCAAAAGUCCGGAACUGCGGGCAAGAUAACUCCCGUCACACUGCUCUCGACGGCGAGCAUGACGGGGAAGCUCAGUAACCACCAUCACCCGCUCCUAGGUGCUGGCAACGCUGGUCCCCGACUGACCACGGCUACCUCCGUGCAGCUACCGGCAGUGAAGCCACCAACCGCGGCGACACUUGCGGUCACGACAACCAGCCCCGCCAACCAACAGCAGACGUUUGCAGUGACGAGGACCAGUGCCGCCGGCACGACGCCAGCCAUUAUUCAGUCCAGACCUGUGAAAGCUCCCUUCACCAUGAAUGCCGUUCGAGCGAACGCGCCAACAGCCGUCACUUUUGCAACAAAGCCAGGUCCAACGAACGUCAUCGCACCCGGCACAACGCCGUCGCGAAUAUUGGCCAGCCCCUCCUCCUCAAUGACAGUUAUUCCAACGGCUGUUAACAUCUCCACUACAGCCGGCGGAUCGCAGGCGCGAAUUUCCGCACCAGGCGGAGGCACUACAUCAUCCGCAUCGACACUGACUGUGAUUCCGUCGGCCGGCAUCGUACCCUCCCAGCGUGCUCCCGCAUCCAUCUCGACGAUGACGGUGAUUCCAUCUACCAACAUCGUUACAACGGCAGGGCUGCAGCGUAGUAGUACGGGGCCUAGCACAACGAGCGCCUCUUCAUCCACGCCCACCAUGACCGUUAUUCCGACGGCAAACAUGGCCGGCAUGGCUGGCAUGACCUACAGCUAUAAGGGUGGCGCCCGCAAAGAUGUGGUGAUACGGCGUGCCGUUCCAUCGCCAACUAUGCGACGGAUAUCCACAUCGUCCCUCGGUCCUCAGCAUACACUCAUCAGCCGAGCAACGACUCCAACCAACGCAGCCACUGUCAAAUCGAUCACCCCAACAACACGAACUGUGCUGAAACCGAACGCACCACCGGCUGGAAACAUUAUACGUGUAGGAAGCGCUGCUACAGGCGGUGGUGGUGCUACCACUAUGGCUAGCAGCACCUCACUAACUGCUGCUGGUGUGCAAUCACCACCGAACUGUAUGUUUAUUCGGAAGCGAGGAUUAGACACCACCACGACCGCUACGUUUGAUAGUUCCAAGGCGAAAAAUGUUACCAGUACAAUUUUCGAUCAACAAUUGAUAAAGGGCGUCGGAAGUGGCAACAGCACAAGCUCUGCUUCAAAUCUAGCUGAAGCUGGUGCACCCGCUAUUAAGCGUACCAGACUUGAACCGGCGCACACCAACAACACUUCGUUCGUCACUACAACACCGUCCGUUGCUGCGCUCGGUAUGUCGAACCGGUUGUGUGGAGGAAUCAUAGUAACCACUAAAAAAUUGCUACCAACUGCUAACAGCAAACAAGAUGAUCCUACCGAAGUGGUGGUACUGGAGUAAUGUUCGUGCAAUAGAGAUUUCAAUAGUAUGUGUAGCGGCAGCCCAUACGUACGAAACGGUCGUACGGGGAUGGUUGAGAGGCGGUUGUGAGUCGUAGGAGAAUAGAUUGUAAACAGCCGGAACCCCACGAUACAGGCAACAGGUUUGCCGAAUAGUUACACUAGACGACUACAUGUGGGGUGGUGUGGUGGUGGUGGUGCAAAACAUAACGAUAUCUACGACAGCAACGUAUACUAAACGUGGAGUAGGAGGGAAAACAGUUUCAUAUCUGCACCGAAAACUGCAGCCAAUGUACCAUACUCGCUGUACAUAAUCGAACAUUUAGUUGUACGGAUAGUAAUAGGUACAGCAUAAUUAACUUAUUCUGUAACCGAUACGGUUUUUUUAAGAUAAAACGCGUCUGACAAUUCACAUUUUACGUGAGUUAUAUCCCGCGUGCAAAAGGCGAUCUGAAAAGUGGGUAGGAUUCUUUUACUGCUAGAAAAGGAAUGAAGGUGUUACAAAAAAAUACUGUCGAUUGGCUUUUCGAACUGUUGUCCCACGGUACAAUGUUACUCAUACAAUUUAACCAUACGACCAAACCGACCGUGAGCUGGCGAGCGGACGACGCGGAGCAACUAUUAUCAUUUGGGACGGGAACAUCAUCAAUCGUAUAAAGCAAAGCUGUAAAGCCAGGCUACAUGAUGCGAGAUGCCAAAAAGAGUUCGCUAAAAAGUGGGGGAUUUGCGAAAUUUUUCCAUCAAAAUCAUCUCGGUUCAUCUAGCCGCGUUGUUUAGAGCACUUCAUGCUAUCUCUCUCUCUCUCUUCAACCUAAAACUACCAUGGCAACGCAUGGAAAGUGACAGAGAGGGCUAGAGAGAAGCGA